AUGGAGAUUGGGUUUUUGGGUUUGGGGAUAAUGGGCAAGGCCAUGUCAAUCAACCUUCUAAAACAUGGCUUCAAAGUUACUGUUUGGAAUAGAACCCUCUCCAAGUGCGAUGAACUUGUUGAACAUGGUGCUUCAGUUGGAGAAACACCUGCAGCUGUAGUCAAGAAAUGCAAGUAUACAAUUGCAAUGUUAUCUGAUCCUUCCGCUGCUUUGUCGGUUGUGUUUGAUAAGGAUGGUGUUCUUGAGGAAAUUAAAGGAAAAGGUUAUAUUGACAUGUCGACCGUUGAUGCCGAGACAUCUAUCAAGAUAUCUGAGGCAAUCAAAGGAAAAGGCGGUGAUUUCCUUGAAGCUCCUGUUUCGGGUAGCAAGAAGCCUGCAGAAGAUGGCCAACUAGUAAUACUUGCUGCUGGACACAAGGCAUUAUAUGAGGAAGCACUUCCAGCAUUUGAUGUACUCGGAAAGAAAUCUUUCUUUCUCGGUGAGGUUGGAGAUGGUGCAAAAAUGAAACUUGUUGUCAACAUGGUAAUGGGAAGUAUGAUGAAUGCUUUCUCUGAGGGACUAACACUUGCUGAAAGAAGUGGCUUGAACCCUGGCACACUUCUUGAUGUGCUGGAUCUUGGCGCUAUAAGUAACGGCAUGUUUAAACUGAAAGGACCAUCAAUGCUGAAGAACAGUUACGCCCCUGCUUUUCCACUGAAACAUCAGCAGAAGGACAUGAGAUUGGCUCUUGCCCUUGGAGAUGAAAAUGCUGUACCAAUGCCUGUCGCAGCUGCAGCAAAUGAGGCAUUCAAGAAAGCCAGAAGCAUGGGAUUAGGAGACCUUGAUUUUUCAGCUGUCCACGAGACAUUGAAAUGA